GUCAGCGCACCCCACCACGAGAGCAGCUGCCUCUCGUGAACGCACCGCACGCGACCAGAAGAAGAAGGCCUCGUAACAGUGCGGCAGUCGCCCUCCGGUUACUCCUCGGCCGCCUUCAGCACCAGCACUGCCAUGCAAGCGCGGCGCAAUCGCAGCCACUCCCAGAAAGCCGCCUCCCGGCUCCAAUCCAGCGAUGGGCCCAAGACGCACGGUAGUCCGUGGGAAGGGCGCCUGAUCACGACCGCCCCGAAGCAAGUGGUGCCAGAGCACGUGAUGUCGCCCGCGGCCGAGGUCACCAUCGGUCCCGACGAUGACCCGCACCUGCCGGGGCUGCAUUCCGUCGCCAGCGUCUCUCCCGGCGGCGGCCUGCCGAGCCACGUCGAAACCCGCUCGACUGCUUCCAAGAAAUCCUCCAAUCUCGGAAAUAAGGAAAGCAUGGAAGCACUCAAGGCGGGCCCAUCUCGGCCUGGCACCGGCAAGCACUGCGCCAUAAUCGUCGGCACAGACCUAGAACCCGAACGAACGGGCACCGUGGCAUCCAAGUGCCACUUCAACGUCCGCUCGGCCACCGAGGGGACCAAGAAGGCCGUGUUCGCCGAGCCGGAGACGCCGGUGCACCACGCGAGGCCGCGUGUCCCGACUCCCUGCGGCACUCCAGAACAUCUCAGACGACGCCCCACGACGCAGCCUGCCACCACGUUCAGCAGCAAGACAGGGGCUCACGUGGUAACCAUCGGCGGCUCUGUGAUGCUGUUCGUGGUCAUCUUUCUGCUGUCAGCGUACUUCAUGUGGCCGCGUUCCAGGAACACGAGGAGGAAGUCGGGCGGCGGGUCUACGUCGGCGAACGCCGACCGCAUGACCCCGCACCGAACAUCCUCGUGCACCGACGCCGCACAGCUGAGCGUGUGGAUCGACAGCGGCGAGAUCCGGGGCCGGCGAAGUCCUGGCCCCGUGGGCGCCGGCAAGAAGCCAGUCCGGCAGUUCUUCGGCAUUCCUUACGGCAGGUCGACGAGUGGCGUCAACCGCUUCAACUACGCCGUCGAUACCGACAUGCCUGGAACGUUUCAAGCCGACCAGCACGGGCCACAUUGCUUCCAGAAUUCGACCAAUGAGACCCUGCUUGACGAAAUGCGCGAGGAAUGCCUGACGCUUUCCAUCUGGACACCCUUCCUGUGCACGCGCGAAGAGUCGCUCAAGACGGUCCUGGUGGUCGUGUCGUCCGAAUGGUUCCAGACCGGGCACGUGUCCAACCACGAAAAAGCCUGCCGAGAGAUCGCCUCCGCAGACGUCGUCGUGGUGGCGAUCAACUUCAGGCUCGGCGUAUUCGGCUUCUUGCGAACCCCUUGGACAGGCAUGCCGAGCAACGCCGGUUUCAGCGACCUCGUCAAGGCCCUGACCUGGCUUCGCAACAACGUCGCCGCCUUCCACGGCGAUCCCAAGACGAUGGUCGGCCUAGGCGUGGGCUCCGGCGGCGUGUUGCUCUCGCUGGAUCUGCUGACGCCCAACUUCCGGAUGGCGGCAUUCUUCAAGCGACUCAUCUUGCACGGCUUGGUGGCUGGGUCUUUGCUUCCGCGAAACAUAGGCAUGGACAACGCCAAGAUGAUCGGGGUAAACCUAAAGGAAUGCGCAGGCACGUCGAAAACCGCCGAUGCGACCGCACUGCUGCAGUGCCUGAGGAAUGUGAGCGCGCGGUCGCUGCUGGAGGCGAGCGCGACGAUGAAGCCGCCGCUUCGCUUCGUUCCGAACCUGGACAGCAACACCGGGCCGGGCCGUCCGUCUUUGGGCGCCGUCGCGCCGUGGAGCGCCAUGCCGUUGAGGCCGCUGAAAGACGUGAGCGUCCUGUGCGGUUACAGCAGGGAAGACGGUCAAGCGCUGUUCGACGACGAGAUAGCCAAGUCGGAAGGCAUCUCCGAGAGCACGCCACCCCGGCACGUGAUGGGACGCCUCGUGCACUUCUUCACGAUGCGGAGCGCGCCGAAGCUGCUCGAGGAGUUGCCCGAUAGCGCCGUGGAAUCGCUCGAAAAGAACGCGAUUUCUGGCGCCGUGGACUUUCUAGCCGACGCCGUCUACUACUGCCCUCUGGUGGAGAUGGCGACGGCUAUCACCAAGAUGGAAGGCGUUGCCUACGUGUACGCGAAUGUGAAACGCCAAGUUUACAGACCCAUGAUGAACUUGAACUACACCAUCGCUUUCGCGAAGAGCGGGAAAGUGCCGUGGUCGGCCUUCGGCGACACCAAGGCCGUUUACGUCGACAACGGCACACACCCCGACGUUUUCUUCAACUGGCGCUACGAGCAGUGCAGUUGGGUGCAGGAGCUGUCGAGGCGCUUGCAAGUGGUCUAGCCCAAAGCGCCCAAUACCGCGGACUUUUGAUUUAGACGCAUCAUAAAAGGAACGUGGCGCAAACGCACCUUGGCGAUAUCAUCGCUUUUACAGGACUCAUGGAACUUGCUCGUGUGUCUAAGCGGGGCGCUUAGUUCUCGCGCUCAAUGACGGGAUGACAUUUGAGAUUGAGCUUUUGUGAAUCUAAACCGGGCUGGACUUCGCUCUAGGUGAAGCCACAUCGAUAAUCUACUGUCAACUCUCAAGCCCCUUUAGGUCGAGACACUGCGAUAUAGCUAUGAGCUUCAGUGCUCUCGUGUGGUACAAGUGCUUGGCCAACUACCAUACGAGCCACAAUCGGCUUAGUGACUGCAUAUCUGUUCAUGUGAGGAAUGUUCCGGGCUCUUGCGUUUCUUGCCUAUACACUUUACGAGUUGUAUUGAAAGUGAGCGAGAUGCACUGUCAAACCCAAAAUAGUUGGUAUUUUCAUUUGCUCUGUAUUCUUUGUGUAAACUCAAAUUUUUUGUGAACAUCCCCACGCUGUUGACGCGAUAGAUUUAGGUGAUUGCCUGCAGUGGUGUCGUCACAAACAAGACAGUAACCAUUUAAAAACUGUUCACCAGCAUUAUUAGUGCUGCUGUCAUAUGUAGCGGUUCAAAACUUGUGUAUAGUUGUGUGUGAACGUAGCACGCCAAGUAGCACGCUACUUGUAACUGUUUCAAGCUUGUAACAUGAACGUGGAUUCUUGUCACGUGUUCGCAGACGCUUCAGUAACAGAUGAAUGCAUAGCUAUCUGAAAAGUAAAAGUAAAGGACGCCGCCUGAGGCUCUUCUUUUUUCA